GAAAAGCAGCACAAGCUUCAACUGAUGCGCGUCCACGCCACGCACAAACGCGCGCACGCCCCUGCAGCCACGGACCAAAACGUGGAUCUAACGCAAUCGAGUGAAGAGAGCCAUUUACUGACACACAGCAAAAACAUAAACUUUUGUCGCUGGAUUGUGUGUUGGGAUUUACUGUGUUGAGGUGUUCUGGUGUGUGAGGCUUACACCUGCACUGGUUUCACAGAAUGUGGAGGUGAAUUUCUGGUCACUGAUGAUGGCGGUUCAGGCCGGGCUGCAGGCUUGGUUUGGCGAGAAAUUUGAUGCCCCGUUACAGAGUCCUCGGUGCCCGCGGGCUGCUCGAGCGGGUCCCAGUCUGGCUGAUGUGCUCCAGUAUGACCAGUGGUUGGCCGUGCGGCAUGAAGCCACACUGGUGCCCAUGCAGGAGGAUCUUUCCAUAUGGCUGAGUGGCAUGCUUGGUGAGGAGGUGAGAGCCGACCGCUUCAUGGCGGAGCUGGAUAACGGCGUCAGACUGUGUCGUCUGGUUGGAAUUCUGCAGAGUAAAAUCCCACAGGACUCUGACAAAACACAGCAGCUUUCCUCCAAGAAAAUUCAGUUCAAGAAGAACGCCUCCCCUGGAUCGUUUUUCGCUCGCGACAACACUGCAAACUUUCUAUCCUGGUGUCGUCAUAUAGGAGUGGAUGAGGCGUAUUUGUUCGAGUCUGAGGGUUUGGUCCUGCAUAAAGACCCUCGACAGGUGUGUCUGUGUCUGCUGGAGAUCGGACGUAUCAUGUCCAGGUAUGGUGUGGAGCCUCCAGUUCUGGUUCAACUGGAGAAGGAGAUUGAACUGGAGGAGAGUAUGAUGUUGACCGAUGACGCAGCUCCAGUGAAAACAUUCACAGUGUGCUGUCAGCACGGAGCUCUGUAUCACGCUGAUCAUGUGGAACAAGACGACUCUCCCUGUAACUGCUCCCAGAAGUUCUCCAUCGAGUAUCUGUCUGAGGGACGAUACAGACUGGGAGACAAGAUCCUGUUCAUCAGGAUGCUCCAUGGGAAGCAUGUUAUGGUUCGUGUGGGUGGAGGUUGGGAUACUCUCAAAGGGUUUCUCCUAAAAUAUGACCCAGGCCGGGUGCUGCAGUUUACAACGCUGGAACAGAAGAUUCUAGCCUAUCAGAAAGGCCCGCCCGGUCCAGGCCCUGCCCUCAGCGCACAGACCGCUCAGCCUCCUGCUAUGGACCCCAUUGCCGCUGUCAAUCUCCUCCCAGAGUCCUCUUCUUCAUCUUCCUCUUCUACAUCAUCCAAACCCAACACGCCCGCUUCCGGACACGUGACGCCCCGUGGCUACGCCCAGUCGCCGGCCUCCACACCCUCCCUCCCCAGGAAGGCCGCAGCACCUAAGAAGACCCUUCGGAUGCCCACGCCUUCCCCCAAAACCACCCCUUUUCCUUCAAAUGUCCCGAAACGAAGCCCACUGCCACAAUCUCAAAAGGCCCCCACCCCGUCCUCCAAAAAAACCAAACUGCGACCGUGUGGAACUCCGUCUCAGCCCCGCAGUCCCGUCUGUCCCGAACCCAACUGCAAGCUGCCCAAACCAUCAGCCCCACUCUCAGCACACCGCUCACCGUGCACCCCUCUUCCCCAGAAACCAUCCCAGCGUGAUGCCCGUCCGCCUCCCGGACCCGCACGUUCACGCCUCGCCCAGAGGCGCCCCGCUUCCCCCGCAUCCAGCUUGCAGUUGGAUUCCAGGAAGGGCCGUCCUGUUUCUCCUCGUUUGGCUGGACCGACGCGGGCGCCAAAUGACCCCAAACAGAUGAUAUCAACACCCAGAGCUCCCAGUCCUCUCACAAAAUCCAAGAGUAAGUCGGUUACGCAGAACACAGGUGGCACGACACGAACUGUUCUGGCUAAAACGGCCCCCCACAGGAAACCUCUGAGCAGCAGUAACCCCCCAUCGGAGAGCCCCACGACAACCAGACCAGCACCUGCCGUCACGACCCGCAAACACACGACACGGACUAAACCCGGCAAACCCGAAGAGCCUUACUUUGAGAUGAACAACAAAAGGAGGCUGAAGAACUGAGAAUGCUGGGAUAUGUAGUCCGGUUGCUCUCUUUACUGCACUGAUGUGAUGGGUCUCGCUUUACAUAAAGAGACCUGAGUCAGGGCAGAUGAUGAAAUGAUGCUGUGAGGAAUACAAGUACAGUAUGUUCUGAAGUUGGCAAUACUUUAAAAAUACAUCUUCACCAAAAGACAUACUCUGAAUAACAUUCCUCGCACCAUUAUUUUAGUUUAUCAUCUACCCUGACUGAGGUCUACAACCGGUUAUGUUUCUUUGCGUAAAUCAAAGCUAUUAAGCCUUUAUUUGUGCCAUACUCAUGUCACCAGGACAUGCCUCAAUCAGGAAUGAAUAUGUACACACAGAUUUAUUUUUCUUUCCUUUGGCUACUAUAAUUGUCAUUAUUUUAGCUAAGAGGUCAGGAAGGUUUAAAAAGUCUCUUUAGAAACUCAUAUCAGGCAUUUCAUAUCCGUUCUGCUCUUGUAGGUCAAUCUGUUCUAGUUUAUCGGAUCUUAUUUGAUUCCUGAUUGGGUACAUACGUUUCUGGUCAUAGUGUUUAUUUUAUCACAGUUUAUGUACAUGUCUUCCUGACAGAAGGUUAGAAUGGCCAAGCAAUAAGUGUGUGUUGCUUCAACACGUGUCUUCAUGUAUGUGAGAACAGAAGCUCUUAUUUAAUAUUCCAGCACAGCUCUCUGCACUACAGUAACCAAAGUCAUUCCUGUUAUCAGACCCAAGAGCCUGACAACCUUUCUCGAACGGUAUGAUUUUACAGCAUAUUUUAACACAUUUUUAGAGUAUUUUGUGUAUGUGGGCCUUAAAUUUGUGUUUGUUGGAAAAUAUAUGUGUACGUGUAGUUUACUUCUCAAACACCCAUGAACAGGUUUAUAUGACAGAGGUUUCGUUCGACAGGCAUUGCAGUUUCAUUCUUACGCAUUUUGAAGUUGGUCAAGCAGCCAGCUGAUAUUAUAUAAAGUUCUACCUCCACACAAAUACUACUGAUUCAAUCAUGUCCAUAUAAACACACACACACACUGUCCAUGACAAACAAUGAAAUGGAUUUAUUUCCACUUUAUUCAAGAGUGAUCUAUAUAGAAAGGUAAUUAAUUAUAAGACAUAAUUUUAGAAUCAUAUAUAAGAAUCAUAAUUUUUAUGUGAGCGGGUUCAUUUUUUUCUGUCGUUUUAAUUGUUUGUUUCAGGCUCUGGUUGUGUGAGAGAAUUUCUUCCAGCACUUUAAGACAAUGUUUGUUUGAAUGUCGUUUUUUUGUUGUUGUUUGGUGUUUGUAUAUAUUCUCAUUGCAUUCUGUCAAUAAAGAUCUAUUCGGUGUAUAAUUUGUUGUGUUAGUAGCAUACUUACAAGUACAUCUCAAAAAAUUAGAAUAUCAAUAAAAAAGGAUAUUUUAAACAGAAAUGUCAGGCUUCUGAAGAGUAUGUUCACUUCUAUGCACUCAAUAU